CAGGACUUUUUCUUGCCUUUGGCUAUUCAGCAAUACCACCAGCUGUUUCAUCUCGGCACUUCAGCUCAUUGCUGCAUGCUGAUGAUGUUGGGAGCUCAGCGCGCUAUGUUGAGUAGUCAGAAGUUGACAAAUUCCAGGUUUGGUGGUAUUCAUGGUGCUGUGUUAGGCCUUGCAGUGCAGUGCUUGGGGAACAGAAACUGGAAUAAAGCAUUAAAAUCUCAGAUGGACACAGAUAUUUUGUGA